AGAAUCUACUAUGUUCUAAACAAAAAGUGGUUUAACAAAUUGUUUGUUUUUCAGGCCAUUGUUACCAUCUGAAUGUUUGUUUAAGCCAGACAAUGACGUAUAAGGUGAUAUUUUCGGUAUUGAUCCUAGCAUUUAACACAGCCUUCUUCGAAUAUACAGGAGCAAACAUCUUUAUAAAGAAAGCAGACAACCGGACUAAUGAGAUAACUUUUGAAUGUGGCAAAAAUGUGACAUUAACCUGUAUGUUUAAGAAUUCGUUUGGAGUUGAAUGGAUGAAUGAAAAAAAUGAAACGGGAAUAGCAUGGUGUGUACAAAAUAAGUGUACGUUAACGCCUGUUUAUGUUGGACAGUACAGCAUUUCAUCCGAUAUGCUACGAAAAAUAUUCAAUUUAACAAUACUAAAGGUUACUAUGAAAGACGAUGGAAGAAGGCUUGUAUGUUCGGAUGGUUCUUAUACUGAUUCUGUAAUUUUAAGAGUCAAUGACAAUACGCCUCGACUUUUAGAAGAUACACAAUCUGGGACAAUAAAAGCGGCAUCUGGCUGUGUUUCCUUGGGAACAAAAGUUUCCUUCAAAUGGAAAAAGAUAUCAAUAAUCGACAACUUUGAGGAAGAAUUUUUCCCAAAAAUCCAAUUUAAAAAUUCAAGAAGCUGCCAAACUGAUGCUGAUUGCGGGCAUGAUCAUACAGAAAUAGUUUAUGUGACAGCGAAUGAAGAUGGUCAAUACCAUUUCAAAAUAGUAGCUCUGUAUGGAAGUGAAAUUAAAGAGUCAGACAUUUCUGUUAUGAAGUACAUUACCAAACCCAAAGGGACAGGAAAUGGAAAUCACCUUAAUACGCCGUUUGGAGUGAUUGUACCGGUGACUUUAUGUUUGUCUAUUAUUGCAGUCCUUGUCAUACUGACUUUGAUCGUUAUCUUCCGUAAAGAGAUUAUGAACAAAUGGAGAAAAAGAAAAACUUAUCAAGACAACCGUAGCCAAAGAAAUCGCCAACAACAUAACGAAGAAACAGCUACCUUUUCCGCUAAUGACAGAGAUGAUGAAGAAACCCCGCUUCAAAGGCCCACAAGUGACGGAGACGAAGGCUCAUUGCCAGCUAAUAGAAAUAAUGAUGAAAUCCACAGCACAAACCAGCAACAAGACAUCAAAAAGGAGAUCAACAAGAUUAUUUCAAGUGGUGAAUCAAAUGUUCAAAAAAGAAAGGAUUAUUUUGAACGAAAAGCCAAAAUGUGAAUAAACGGACCGAUAAAUAGAACCAACCAAGGGCAUUUUUUUAUCAAAAAAUAAUGUGUGUUCAGUGUCUAUUUUGUCUAUGUGUUUAACAAAUUUUCCAUUACUGUAACAAAUGAAAUAUAAAUAUUCUAAAAUAUUAAAAACAGUUAAGCACAAUGUUUAGAUACCAUUCAAUAGCAAAUUUUGAUUUAUGUAAUAUAUCAUUAUAGUAGAUAUCUAUUAUUCAGAGUAACGCAAUGUUUUCGAAUGCAAAAGAUGGUCCAGCCAGGUUGGUACGAAUAACUAAGGUAGAUACUGAUUAAUCUUAAUAUCAUAAGGUUGAUGUCGCAAACAUCACGAUAAUUUAUUAUAUGAAUGUUUAUAAAUCAAUAAAUGUUUAGGUUUAUUUUUGCGUUAGUAAUAUGAUUAACUCAUAUAAUGAAUUUCCUCAAUAUGCUAUGUUCUUUUGUAUAUGCAACAGGGUUAUGUGUUGCUGUAAAGUAUCCGUUUAGCAACGGUGUAAUUUACAUUAAUGUGAUAUACCGUUCUCAUUGUAACACACAAUCACUGCCGGUAAACGUCUAUUGUUACAUUAACGGUGUUUGACACCGUUGGUCAUGUAUUUUAUGUGUCUUUCAUAUAUUUGGCGGAAAAGGUGAUUGUAUAUAUAGGUUUCAUAGUGUAAGUAAAAGUUAGUUUUUUUUAUGUAUUUAGAACCUUUUGGACUUGUGGAACUUUAAACUUAAAAAGAUUCUUGGAUUAUUUACAUGAAAAAAAUGUAUAUUAAAAAUAGU